GCUUUUUACUUCCUUGUUCUCCAUCUGUGAGAAUGUUUCAGUGUGAUAAGCUGCUUGAUGACAUUGCUGCUGUUCAAAACCGAAGUUGGUUUUGACUUGAUGCCAGGAUCAAAAUAAAAUUGGGAAAGAAGGAUUAAUUGCGACAGAUUAUUAAUCCUUGUGGGCAAUUUUCUUCAAGGUCAGGGAAUCACUCACCAUGAAAAACAAGUGGAAGUAGCCAGCAGCUGAAAUGCGAUCCGUUAGAUAUCUCCAUGUGUGAAUAUAUUUUCCACAAUGUACUCAGGAUAACCUCCUUAUAAGAGAGCACAAGCAAGAUUUUAGUCUGCAUGAAAGUGCACCAUUUAAAUUACCAUGGAUGAGUACACCACAAGAACUUAUGGGACUAGUGUGCAAGACAACAGACCCUUGUUUGGAGAGACAUCAGCAAGGGAUCGAAUCAUCAACAUUGUUGUUGGUGUCCUCACAUCUUUACUAUUACUAGUAACGAUUAUUAGUGCUUUUGUUUUCCCACAAUUACCUCCAAAACCACUGAAUGUUUUCUUUGUUGUCUGCAUCUUGCUGACUUGCGCCUCCAUUGGUGUUCUUAUUUUCUGGUAUCGCCAAGGUGACUUGGAACCUAAAUUUCGGAACUUAAUCUACUACAAUUUAUUUUCCAUCCUUUUGCUGUGCAUAUGUGCCAACCUGUACUUCCAUGAUGUUGGUAAAUGACUUUUCAGUAUCACCUCCAAUUCACUUGCUGAUAAAUGAAGAUGACAAAUGAACUUCUCUACUGUAGAAAUGGAAUUUCUGGUUUGCACAGCAAGAAAGAAUGUUUUGUAAAUGUGAAGUGAAUUUCCUUACCAGCUUUGUAUUGUAAUACAGAACUUGGGGCAAACUGGAUGCAGACUCUUGUCCUACGUGAGCUGGGGUUGAUGCCACAAACAUUAAUGCAGUUUGUUCUCCAAAAUACAUUUUAAGACUUGCACUAAAUGAACAUUCCAGACUUGCCAAGGUUUUGAGAUCUCACACACUCUUUUUGUAAAGGAUGUUUUUCUCUCUCUCAUGCAAAUUGUUUUUUUAAUUAUACAAAGCACUUGAAGGACAAAUGACAUGUUAAAGUACAACAAAAAGUAGAAAUAAAGAUACUGCAGGACAAAUAUACUUUUAUUUUGUCUUAAGUAACGAAAUAAUUGCACUAUGCAGCCACUUAACUACUGGAUUUUUACAAUAAAAUAGCCAAACCGAGCCUGUGAACCAAUACUAGACAAUACAACUGUAAGAAAGCAUUGACUUUGUUUUAAAGAAUAAAUAGUAAUAAAAUAAUUUAUAUACACUGAACUUGUCUA